AUGGCGUCGUCCAACGGGCCAGGUGAUGCAGUCGGAGCCCCCACUUCAGUAGCAACGCCUGGGGCGGACGACGCUCCCCCCGCCAAGGUCCCCUCAGAAAAGGAGAUUGCUCGCAAGCUCCGAAAACGCGAGCUCGACCGCAGGGCUCAGAGGCAGGCCCGCGAGCGAACCCGUAAUCGCAUCGCCGAGCUCGAGGCACAGGUUAAGGAGCUACGUAAGGACGAUUCUACGAGGCUCUCGGCCUGUAUGGAGCAGCUUGCCGCCAUCACCCAGGACCGAGAUCGCCUUGCCGAUACCCUCAAGGUCAUCGACCAGACCAUCCGUGACAAUGUUGCAACAAGUGGCUCCUCGCAGAAAUCCUCUUCCUCGGCAUCAAUAGCAUCACUGCCUGGCCCACAAGAUGCCAUGUCGUCCAUGUUAACCGCCACCUCAAGACAUGCUGCUUACACUGCCCCUGUCACCGUUGCCUCAGAAAUGUCCUCGUCCGGACACGGCCAUGCAUACAACCAUGGAGGGGUUUCCACUGGCGCAAUGGUAAAUAUGCUUCCCGCAUCAAGCGCCCAUGCACCAAGUGUUCACGCACCGAGCUCCACAUCAGAUAGCCAGGAGAUGGGCGAGGAUCUUGACGAUGACGACAAUUGCCAUGAAUAUCAUGACGACAGUAACGUUAUCAUCCCUCUACCAGAAGCCUCCUGCGACUGUAUCACUGCCCGGACACCCUCUGGUCCCACCCCGCCGAAAGUGAACGUCUGGAGAGCCGUCAACCAGGUCUUAGCAAAGCGUUGCCGCAUAUCCCAGGAGGAGCACGUUGCCGAGGAUGCCUCUGAUGAAGACAUCCCGGUAAGGGUUUUACUGGAAGGAUGGGAUGCUGUGGCGAGGUCCCGACCAUUGUCAAGGUUAUGGAAGAAGCUUCGUCGCGUCGACGAAUUGUGUUUUCAUGCUUGCCCCAAAACCGAGCGGCUUGCAAUCCUCCGGAUUAUGCAUCUGUUACUUCAGUACCACUCCGAUCCCACACCAAGUCGGCAUGCCAAACUGCCGACCUGGCUUUUCAAGAGACCUUCACAGACGAUGCCCCACUCCUAUGCCAUCGACUUCUUCGUUUGGCCCGGUGUCCGAGAACGUUUUGUCUUUGGACAACACCACUACUGUAACAACUCAUUCUGGGACCUCUUCGGCCCCAAUCUUCAUAUUCUCUGGCCUUACGAGUUCCGCGACGCCUACCAGAAAUGUUUGGUAACUGGCAGUUACCAGAUAAAUCCCAUGUUUGAGCAGAGGAUUUCGGAUAUCAAUUCAUGGACGAUGGGAAUGGACUUCUUCACCAGAUUCCCCGAGCUUAUAGCCGAUAUUCCCGCCUUCCACUCCCUCUCUCAAUCCCUUACCCCUGCGAAUACGGCGCUCGCAUCACCGCAAAUGCCACAGCAAGCGUCUUUGGUUCAGCUGAAGGAACGGGACGAACGUAAUGAACGGAUGAUUCUCGACCAACAGGAGACUGCCGAAGACGCACAUAGCCAUGAUGCAUCGGGAUGCACCCAAGCCAUGCAAAUAUAUCCCCAUGGCCUUUACAGCAUGGCCCCGCCGGCUUUCAUGGACGAGUUUCUUCCUCACGAAUACGACGUGAACACAGCUACUGCAUCCUACGGUCACUUGCCAAGCUAUUUCUGA